AUGAGGGAACCUAGACCUGCGUGCCAGGCCCAUGCCCAACGCCUCUCGGUCUUGUGCCCUAACGACCAAGGGGCAGGGGACCCAUGGGUUCCGCUUGUUGCAACAUUGGCGGUGGCGGCCGGAUUUGCCGACAACGGCGGUUCGAUGGGGUUGCCUUCCGUCUGGUGUCCCUCAACAAAACCUCUGGUGGCCCAAUUGGUGACGGUGUGGAUGGCAGAGGCAGCAGGGAAGGGAACAAGCCUCGUCGACUACAAACAGAGUUGCAUCCACGAUGCCCGUCGGCGCAAUGGGCGAUGGCUUGAAGGGUCGGGCGCCGUCCCGACGAUGCUGGUUGUCUCAGUGAAGAUAAUACGCAAUAAGAUUACUGGUCACCCGAAGGUUUAUGGCUUUGUUGAGUUUGUGUCACAUGCAGCAGCUGAAAGAAUUCUGCAGACUACAAUGGGACACAAAUGCCUGGGAACUGAACAGUGUUUCAGGAUGAAUUGGCCUCUUGGAAUGGUGAAAGGCGUGCAGAUGCAGGACCUGAACAUUCCAUUUUUGUUGGGGAUCUGUCACCUGAUGUUACAGUUACUUGUUGCAAGAGACCUUCAGAGCCCAAUAUCCAUCUGUAAGGGUGCUAAGGUUGUAACAGAUCCUAAUACUGGUCGUUCAAAGGGUUAUGAUUUGUUAAAUUUGCUGAUGAGACAGAAAGAAAUCGUGCAUUGA